AUGGACGACCCUCAACGACCGGCAACGCCUGAAGACGAGGACAUCAAACUCAACUUCUUCCCCGACCCCCCGCCUUUCUACAAGUACUUCACCACCGAAAACCUCACGCGACUCAAAGACAUAGAGAAAGAAGCCGCACCAGAAGAUGACGGAACGAUGCCCUCUACCUCAGUCUUCGCGACGAGGCUCUCUGCAGAGCAAAUCCUUGCUUUACCGACCGAGCUCCGCUACCUGAUACCGCCCGAACCGCCUGCAGACGAUGCCGAAUUCCACGUAUUCGGCACAGUAGAAAGUGCAAAGGGCGCAAACAACUUCAUGAAGAACAUGGACUAUAUAGCCGAUCAACUAAGGUUCCAGGAUGUCUUUCACGACUGGACGUACGAACAACUGUACCCCUCCUCUUCCACCGAGCCCGCAACCGAUGAUCCCCCCGCGCAACAGACUACCGCAGACAACUCCGCGUCUCUCGACCGGCAAAACUAUUUGUUCCGGUUUCUACGAAGUAUACUUCUGAGCUACAUAUCUCUACUGGGUAUUGUAGCCGCAAAUCCAACGUCGGAGCAAAAGGAACAGAAACUCAAGGAUAUCAUGACGCUGGUAGCGAACAUGCAUGCACUCAUUAACGAGUACCGCCCACAUCAGGCGAGGCAGACGCUCAUUGCGAAGAUGGAAGAGCAGGUGCGCAGGAAGAGAGAGGAGGUUGAAAGCGUAAGAAGGAUGGGAGAGAAGGUCAAGGAGGUGCUUGCUGGGUUUAGUGGGGUAGACGGUGGGGAUAAGCCGGGUGAUGGAGGUGAAGAGACCGUGGAUGACGGGACAAAUGCGGGGGAGGAGGAUAGGCGGCGUGUGCAGAAGGGGAUGUGGGAGGCUGUCAGUAAGAUUCAGGGCUAA